ACCACCACGUGACCAAAAAUGGCGACGGCGACGGCGUCACAGCCGAAAACUCACGACGACAUCAAAACUGCGGAUCUAGAGAAGGUCACAGACUACGUCGAGGAUUCAGAAAUCAAAGACAAAGACAUAGGAAAAAGAAUCUCUUUGAUUGCGUCAAGACGAGCAAAAGAGGCCGAAGAAAGACAAAGAAGAGAGAAAGAAUUGUCGAAGGUUCCAAUCAACAAGGAAGACGUGGAGCUGAUUAUGAACGAUCUGGAGAUGAGUCGCAGUCAAGCCGAACGACAACUUCGCGAGCAUGAUGGAGACCUCAUAGCGACUCUCGUCACACUAACCAAUUAAAUAGCGUAUUUCCUGUACGUAGUACCUGCAGUCGUCUAAUUUCUUUCAAUUGUCAAUAUACUCACAACGUUCGACCGUA